AUGGUUGGAUUCAAGUUCUGCAAAUUUAUCGUCGCCUUCGUGGCCAUUGCCAGUCUCAUUAGCGGUGAUGUCUCAGCCGCUGAACGCAAGAACGGCAAGAAGCCCAAAUCUACCAAGCCCAAGUCCGACAAACCCAAAUCUGACGUUGUGGAUGUCGUAGGGCCCACGGCAGAGGGUGGGAAGUUCCGUGGCACCAGAUCCGACGCUUUCGACUUGUUGCAGGGGUUCUUCUCAGGCUUAGCCUCUUUCCAAAUAUUCGGUGCUUCCGCACAGGCCGCCAAAUCCGAUGGCACCCCUAGCGAAUGGGCCGCCGCUGUGAAGCAGGCCGACGAUCAUCUCACUGCCAUUGCUGAGAAGCUGAAGAAAGACGAGGCAUACACAAAAGACCUGUCAUCAAGCAAGACUAAAGUUGACGCUUUUAUUGUCCACCAACUAGCAUUCCACAAAGCAGCGGAGACAGUAGCAGAGAAGAAGGCGACCUUGGAUAAGAAAGGCAAGGGUGAGCACACAGCGGAGGUCGAGGCCGUCAUCAAAGCCGGUACUGACACAGUCCAACACCUGGAAAAGGCUAUGGAAACCCACGCAACCGCCAUAAAGGCAAUAGCCGAGUACACAGCAAAAGAGAAAGUCCCGGAAAAGCCACAUGUUUCGUCAGAUAGUUUGAUGACUGUUUGCCGUGAUUUGGUUGACCAGAAAUUGUACAUCACUACGGCGCUUGCAUACACCAACGGCCCUCCACAUAUUGGUCACACGUAUGAGAUCGUCACUUCUGAUGUCUUGUCGCGUUAUUUCAAAGCUUUUGGCAUGAAUACCACUCUGCUGGCCGGUACCGAUGAACAUGGAUUGAAGGUUGCUACCACGGCUGAAAACAGUGGCAUGUACCCAAUAGAGCUUGCUGAUUAUUAUUCUGCCAAAUUCCGAGAGAAUAACGAUGAGCUGCUAACCGCUCCUGAAAUAUUUGUGCGGACAACGGAGCCGCGACAUCAUAAAUCAGCGCAAAAAAUAUGGCGAAUCUUGCGAGACAAGGGUGACAUAUACCUUGGUGAGUACAGCGGGUGGUACAAUGUCCGUGAGGAAACGUUUUUGACGGAGGUAGAGGCGGCGGCCACGGACUACAAAGAUCCCUUGUCAGGAAAACCGUACAAACUGAUGAAGGAAUUGAGCUAUUUUUUCCGCAUGAGCAAGUAUCAACAGCGGUUAAUUGACAAGUUGACCAGCGAUACAAAGUAUCUACAGCCUGACGCGGCACGUAGUGAGAUUUUGAGCCGUCUUAAAAAACCUUUGGAGGACCUGUCUGUGAGCAGAUGUACCUUCAACUGGGGGAUACCCGUACCGGAUGACCCGGGACAUGUGAUGUACGUCUGGUCCGACGCUUUGACAGGUUAUUUGAGCGCGAUAGGUUUUGGUGACUUUGAUGACAUCAGUCAUUUGAAGCUUUGGCCACCCGAUGUGCAGGUUAUAGGCAAGGAUAUUAUAUGGUUUUUCGCCGUGAUUUGGACAUCCAUUUUGAUGUCUCUGGAUAUCGCAUUACCUAAGACGAUUUUUGCCCACGGUUUCAUUACCGCAGCCGAUGGUCGUAAGAUGAGCAAAUCCCUUGGAAAUGUAGUUCACACCAAAGACCUAUUGGUGAACUACGGUGUUGAUACGGUGCGUUACUACAUGAUCCGCGAUUCAGUAUUCGGCUCCGACGUAAAGUUUGAUCUUUCUUCACUGGCAGAUUUGCACAACAGUGAUUUGACGGACACAAUAGGAAACUUGGUACAUCGCAUUACCACAUUGUGUGUGAAAUUUUGUGGCGGUUGUGUCCCCAAGGUUGCAGAAAGAUCGGCACCACGCCCUUUCAACAUGAUCGAUGUAGCUUCUAAGACUCUGAAUUACCUACAACACUUCGCCUUACAGGAUGCGCUCGUCAGCGUCAUUGAGGCAUUUCGGGACACUAACAAAUAUUUGACCGACCGUGAGCCUUGGGCUAAGGGUUCUGUGGACACACGUUUAGAUACUAUACGUAAUGUAUUGGAGGCAGUCUACUUUUUAAACCAUCUGAUGCAACCGGUGGUUCCGUUGGCUGCCUCUGUAGUUUUCAAGAAGUUGGGUACGGAACCACGGAAACACAUUGGUCUGUUGUCUGCUGAUUACAACAAUUUAAACGAGGGUACCAAGGUGGGAUUGGAUGAAGCGCACAGCAACAUAGUUUCCAAGGCAGCCGGGAGUCGCACUGUCCCUGCAAAAUCUUCGCGAACACAACGCAGCGAACUUGGCACUGAUACCGUGCCACGAUUGGAACCAUAUACAACCACACGCGGAGGUGGAACUAAAUCAAGCGGCCUCAACGGCAGGGGUUAUAAUCACAGGCUAACUCCCCCAGUUGAAGCCCCUAACGUGCCACAACUCAAGCAAGUCGUACCCUUAUCGUGGGUAAAGGGAUCACUAAAUAACGGUGGGAAUGUGACUUAUCACAGCAGUAUGGAUCUCGCGAGACGCGGCCCGCGUGAUAUAGAGCAACAUAUGAAACCCAGUCACACGUUACGUACACCUGGUACUACGGUGCUUCCUUUGGGAACGACACCAAACCUAGUACACCGACGCAUAUCGACCAGGACACCUCAGGAAAACCCAUGUAUGCUAACCGUGCCUCCCACGAAUGCUGUAAAGUCCCCCAACCAUUCUACCACGUUUCCAUCAGGCGCACAACGUAAGACGUCUAAAUCACAGUCAAGCAUGCUAACUGCACAGGAAGACGAUAAAAGUACAAAAAUCGCGAUACUCGAGCGCGAUUUGAUCACAACAAAGGUAGCACUCGCCGAUAGCGAAACGCAGCGCGAUAUCGAACUCGCAAAGCUACGCAAGGCCACCCAAAAGAUAUAA